AAUAAAAGAGAAAAAAAAAAAAAAAGAAAAAAAAAAGAAAAAACACAAACUCAAAUUCAUUCUCUCUCUUUAAUGUUAUCUCUGUCCCAACUUCACUCUUUUACUCUCUCUCUCUCUCUCUCUCUCUCUCUCUCUCUCCUCCUUUACCAACUCAGUGUUAGAGCUGAUAUUCACUACUCUAUAAGGCUUGUAGCUUUUCUUUUCUUGUCCUCCAUGGCAGCUUCUAUUUCAGAGCUGCUAACUGUCUUCAUAAACAUGCUGCUCAUUCUCAACGCCAUUGUUGUUGAUGGAGCAACAGCAACAUGGUGUGUGGCAAGGAGUGAUGCAAGUGCACAGGCUCUGCAAACGGCAUUGGACUAUGCAUGUAGCACUGGUGCCGAUUGCACACCUCUUCAAUCUGAUGGUCUUUGUUUUCUUCCAAACACCAUUCAAGCCCAUGCUUCGUAUGCUUUCAAUAGCUAUUACCAGCGCAAGUCUAUGGCUCCUGGUAGCUGUGACUUUUCUGGGACUGCCACUGUUGCUCAAACCGAUCCAAGUUAUGGAUCUUGUAUGUACCCAUCUUCUUCAAGCAAUGCAGGAGGGACAACACCAACCACAGGAGCAAAUAAUCCUAACUCUCCAGUGAUUCCAACAACAACAACAACCCCAACAACAACACCGUUCAUUGGCAAUGGUGGUGCAGGUGGAUUCACACCAGGAAUGACCCCAAAUAUCCCGGACACCGACAAUUCAAAAGCAUCAGGGGAUUUAAUGUCCCCAAGAAACUUAAUGACAAUCUCAUUUUUACUUGUUAUAUCAAUUACUAUCUUAAAACCCAUGUAUGUCUUUUUUUGUUGAGCAUAGGAGGAUGGCCCUAGCGGUGUGAAGAAGAGGCUUGGAAAUUUUGGUUAGUGGGAAUCUUCCUGUGUUUUACUACUUCCUUACAAGCUUUUAUCAAAUAGUAUUUGAUAUUUUGUGCUGGGUUUCUAUUAUCAUGUGGAAAUAGCUUGUAACAAUCUUCACAUUGGUUGGUUAAGAGAAAAGGAGCUCAUUUAGCUUGGCAAGGAUUAGAGCUAGCUAGGGUUUAUAGUUGGCCUCGGUUGUGUUCCAAAACUUUGUAGUAGGUCCAAAUUCAAUUUAAUUUUUAUAAAUUUUACUUCACUCAUUCGACAAA